AUGACCCAGCCAGAAUUGUCCUGUAUUGGGGAGAGUGACUGGUUGACGGAGAUUUCCGGCGACUCCAGCUGUCUACUCGGCCCCCUCGGGGGCAACAACAUCAUCAAACAGUUGGCAGACGGGUUCCGCAGGGCUACUCACGAGACCCGGCUCGAGGCCCGCUCGUUCGAUCCUCUCAUCGGAGGCUAUCCCGGUACCUGGUCGGCCGAGGAUGCCGGUCAUGUCUGCGAGAUGCCCGGUGAGUUGGCUUCUCAACUCACCUCCGAGCCCACCUCGGCACCGCUCAACCGACUGGAAGGACUCGAACUCAUGGCCACCCCGUCACCGCUGUCAGCACCACCGUCAUCUCCCUCGCCAUUUUCCUCCGCCGUCUCGUUCGACAGCCGAACCGGGCUCGAACCCGGCUUCCAGUUGAUGCGUUCUCGCGCGGCGCCUUUGCAGAUGGUGGUAAGCGAAGUACAAACAGAGAUCGGAUGUCCAAAUGGAGGACAAGACAGAACAGUGAUGGGAGCGGGCUUCACGAAUCUGGGAGAGCAAGUGAGUCAUUUUCGCCUACCGAGCGUCACUUUCAGCCACCGCCUCCAUAUUUGGGCAAAACCUCCGAACUACCCUUCAGAGAAUUGGCUUCCAAAUUGUUUUUCUUGCAGCAAACUUAUGAAAUCCGACAUGGCAAAACCGCUCUGUCUACCUCAAAAGACUUUGAUCACCGCUUGGGCAUUCUGCAUUUGA